CCUUAUUCUAAGUUGCGACUACCCCCCCUAUAAUAAGGUUACCUAGCUGCAUAUCUCGGCCAACCUCGUAGUGGGCACCUAACUAUCUGUUACUUUUGCGACUUCCCUAAGAAACGCGACUACUGUGAAUUUCUUAUCAUUGGAGAGUUCUGCUCUAAGAUCGUUCUUUCUAUUAUCUCUUCCUCUCUUCCUCCACAGUUCCAAAAACUAGAUGCCUUUAGCAUUUUAAGCAUCCUCUUAUCCUCUUAUUUAACUCCCGAUGGAUCGCAACGUGUGACAUCACCAUUGUCACCGUCGCUCCAAUGGCGCCGACAGGUCACCCCAAAGGCACGAAUAGCACCGAAGCCCACAAGCCUGCAGUACUUGCGCCCAUAGCCAAACAUGCUUUGCAAAAGAAUACUCAGAAUACUCGUCCACAGCGAAGUUCCUUGCGUAGAGCCGUUCGAGAAAGUCUGCUUGACUUAUCAGCCGUAGCAACUGUCACCACACCUCCUAGUUCUCCGGCACUGAUUCUCCCUUUGCCGUCAUCAGCACCAUCUACCUCAACAUCGCGCGUUAACGCCACUACACAACGAAGCUCUUUGCGUCGAGCACUCAAAGAAAGCUUGCGUGAUGCCGCCGCUAUCAAGACCGUCGCCAUGAUAACAACUACUCCCCCACCAACCCUACCGCCGACACCGCCAAUAACUCCUGGAUUCAUGUCGCCCAAGAGCUUUACUGCAUCGUCGUCGCCAUAUUCUCUAGCAAAUACGCCGGAAACACCCGUGACACUUUCCUCAAUAUCGCCGCUGAAUUCUGCUACUGCUGGAUCGUCACCUGAUUCGGCUUCAACUCCAACUUUCCUCUCCCCAUUGCAAAGUAGUAGGAAGUCUGCAAUAUUGCAGAAGCAGAAGCAGCAUCUAAGGCUACUAGGAAGAAAGCUCGAGUGUUUAGAUGCCAAGGAAAGCGACAAUUCAGGACACGCUGAAAUUGAUAACGGGCAAGGGCGAAGCAAACAUUCGGAAGUGGUGGACAAGAUUGAUAUUAACGGUAUCCCUACAUCCCGCAAGGGCUGGUACCGCGUGCGAUCCAUCAUCACCGAAGCUCACGACCGGAACGGUCAUCUCAUCUACUUCGUCGACUGGGAGGGUCAUGACCCUCGCACUGGAAUCGGCUGGCCGGGAUCCUGGGUUAAUUCGGAGAACGUCUCGGAAGCUGCAGUUCGUGAGUGGAAGGACAAGCGAGCCAAAUAGGACCCUUACAAGAAGACGGUCUUAUAAUGGCCAAGAAGCAAGGAGAGCGAGAGACAAACCAAUCCGCCAGCCUACUUGAACUAUCGCCAAACAAUGCCCACUUCGAUUAUACUAUCUAUAUCUUGCUUAUUAGCAAACCAUCAAAGCCUGAAGCCGAGGUACGACGAGAGGGAGGAUUUAUCGAGACGCAGUUUUACCAAGUAUUUCCGAGUGACUAGAAACUUUGCAUUUCUUAGUCGAACAAACUGAACCAGUUAGCAUACAAGAUGUUGCUGACGCAUGUAAGAUUAUCUACCCUAGGAGGUACCUACGUAUAUAAAAAGCCCA